AUGCUGCUGCUCUGCGGGUCCCUACUGUGCUGGGCGCUGCUGCACCAGGUCCAAGGGGAGGCCCAGCACCAGCUCCACAUGCAGAUCAGCAACAAUCAGCUGGAAACUGGAAUUUCAGACCUGUUCUUAAAUCACAAAAUCCUGGAGCGAGUAGAGAAGAUCCCGGUGACGGGGACCGAGAGUGAGGGAGUCGCCAUCCUGGACAACUUGCCCUUCGUCAAAGAAGACCUCUCCAAGCAGAGCAGCGGCCUUGACCUGUCCCUUGUCGGGGACCUGCUCUCAGGGAAGAAGCUCUCGAUGCUGGCAGAGCUUAUCCGGGGAGGCGGGUUGAUUAUAGAAGAUGCAAAAGGUCCCACGGUCAACCUGAAAAUCCUGGAGGACAGUCUGUUACAGGUCACAUUGCGCUGCAAACUGUACCUGUUACUCCAGGGGAUCCUGCGGCUUGAAAUCAUUAAGAACAUCCGCAUUGGGAUGCGGCUGGAACAGACAGGGAACAAGACUAAGGUGGCCUUCGAGGAGUGUCAUACCUCUCCAGGAUACCUGAGCAUCAAGGUUCUCGAGGAGAUCGACCCUCUCCUGGUGAACACGGCUCUGACGCUGGUGACGAAAACCUUGGAUACAGCUUUGCCCUUCCUCUUGCAGAAGAUAGUGUGUCCCAUGUCCACCACCCUGCUUAACACACUGCUGGAAGGCCUGCUGCACCUCACUCUGCCCCCAACCAGCUCGAGCCCCAACAAUGCCUUCCGGUACUACGUCAACACAACCGAGCUCACAGAAGAGGCCAUCCUGAUGACAAUCCAGCUGGUGACGCCCUGCGGCCCAGGCCAGAGAGCCCCGAAGUCUGUCCACUUACCCUCGAAGCCACUCCCAAAAUUAGCCCGGGACAGCAUGGCAGACCUGGUCUUUUGGGGGAAAGUCUACAAUAAUAUCCUGUUCUGCCUCUACACAAAUGAAACCAUCCGAGUGGACCCCCACGACUCCACAGCUAUCAACCUCAUUCAGCUAUUGUUGCGGAGAGAGCUGCAGCCCGAGUCCAAGGUGGGUGAUCAGACUGAGGCAAGUGUGGGCCUGACCAUCAAUAUCUCUGACCCUCCCACCAUCCACCUUGACAACCACGUGAUCACAGUCACCCAGCCGGGCUUGUUGGUGCUGCAAGGUCCCCAAAAUGCCUUGACUUCCAUUUCCUGGAAACUCCAUUCUGAAGCUGUGUUCUCUACAAGAAACCGGAAAUUAAAUAUCCAGUUUAAUCCAAACAGCCUUACGAUCACACUGGGGUCCUACCCUGAUGACCUUGUGAACCAGGAAUAUCUGAAGUCCUCUCUCUCAGAGCUUCUGAAGAAGAUGUUUCUGGCCCAGUUCAAUGAGCAGCUCAGAAAGCAAGCCCUUCCGCUGCCCAACAUCAAAGGCAUCCCCUUCGACCACGCCCAAAUGGUGUCCUCCGAGGGCUACCUGAUGCUCAUGGUUUCAGCACAGUAG